CUUUGCUGAAGCUGCAGUUGGUGUUAGAGUCUGGCCGUAAUAAACCGCGGUGAUCAGUGCAGGUUUCAUAAGAAUAAAGAAGUGACGUUAGAACAAGAUGGAAAACAACACAACUCAGAUCCCUCGUGAAGAACUGGAAGAACUGAAGGAGGCUUUUAACAAAAUAGACACUGACAACAGUGGCUAUGUGUGUGACUAUGAGCUUCAGGAUCUCUUUAAAGAGGCCCGCCUGCCACUGCCUGGAUACAAGGUCCGAGAAAUUGUGGAAAAAAUUAUAGUAGCUGCUGAUCACAAUAAAGACGGAAGGAUUGAUUUUGAAGAAUUUUUAUCGCUCUGCCAGGAGCUAAAAAGCAAAGAGAUCAGUAAGUCAUUUCGAAAAGCCAUAAACAAAAAGAUGGGAAUCACAGCAAUUGGAGGAACCUCUGAGAUUUCCAGUGAAGGAACACAGCACUCCUACUCAGAGGAAGAACAAGUUGCUUUUGUGAACUGGAUUAACAAAGCACUGAAAGAUGAUCCUGACUGCAGACAUUUACUGCCUAUGGAUCCAAACGAUGAGAGCCUUUUCAAAUCGGUCAGGGAUGGCAUUCUUCUUUGUAAACUGAUAAACUUAUCUCAGGCAGAAACCAUCGAUGAGAGAGUUAUUAAUAAGAAGAAACUAACUCCGUUCACUAUUUCUGAAAACCUGGUGCUUGCGCUAAAUUCAGCCUCCGCAAUUGGCUGCACUGUUGUCAACAUUGGGGCUCAGGAUCUCAGGGAAGGGAGGCCUCACUUAGUCCUUGGCCUGCUGUGGCAGAUCAUUAAAGUCGGGCUGUUUGCUCAUAUUGAGAUCUCCAGCAAUGAAGCUCUCAUUACCCUGUUGGAGGAAGGUGAGGAUCUGGAGGCUCUAAUGAAGCUCUCCCCAGAAGAGCUGCUGCUGCGCUGGGCCAACUACCACCUGACUAACGCAGGCUGGCAGAAGAUUGGAAACUUCAGUAAUGAUAUUGAAGAUUCAAGAGCCUAUUUCCACCUGCUGAAUCAGAUUGCCCCGAAAGGUAUCCAAGAUGAUGAACUCAAGGUCAACAUUGACAUGUCUGGGUUUAAUGAGAGAAAUGACCUACAGAGGGCAGAAUUUAUGCUUCAGCAGGCAGCUAAGAUGGACUGCAGGCAGUUUGUCACGCCAGCAGACGUAGUUGCUGGCAACCCAAAGCUGAAUAUAGCUUUUGUAGCCAACCUGUUCAAUACGUACCCAGCUUUGAACAAGCCAAAUCACGGAUAUGAUCUUGCUAUGCUGGAAGGGGAAAGCAGAGAAGAAAGAACCUUCCGGAACUGGAUGAAUUCUUUAGGUGUGAGCCCAUAUGUCCACCAUUUAUACAGUGAUCUUACAGAUGCCUCAGUGAUUUUUCAGCUGUAUGAGCGAAUCCGGGUGCCUGUUAAUUGGAGUCGCGUUAACAAACGACCUUACCCUGCACUUGGUGGCAACAUGAAAAAGCUUGAAAACUGUAACUAUGCAGUUGAUCUCGGUAAAAACGAGGCUAAAUUCUCCUUGGUCGGCAUUGGGGGACAGAAUCUCAAUGAAGGUCACUCAACACUCACACUAGCCUUGGUGUGGCAAAUUAUGAGAAGGUACACUUUGACGGUUCUGUCUGAUCUUGGCGGAGGUGAAAAAGUAAAUGAUGAAAUUAUUAUUAACUGGGUGAAUGCAACCUUAGAAGCAGCAAAAAAGAAGACUUCCAUUAAAAGUUUUAAGGACAAAUCCAUCUGCACUAGUUUGCCGGUGCUGGAUUUGAUAAGCGCUAUUGCACCAAAUGCCAUCCGUGAAGAAAUGGUGAGGAGAGAUGAUGAUCUUUCCGAUGACGACAAACUUAACAAUGCAAAAUAUGCAAUCUCAGUUUCUCGUAAGAUCGGGGCUCGAGUGUACGCACUCCCUGAAGACUUGGUGGAGGUGAAACCCAAGAUGGUCAUGACAGUGUUUGUCUGUUUAAUGGGAAGAGGAAUGAGUAAAGUUAAUGGAUAAAAUGAAGAUGAUGCAGCCCCACGAAUCACACAGAACGAUACUUUUAGAUUUCUAAUGGUUCAUUUUGCAAUAAAUCGACUUUUUCUCUAUUUUAAAAAUGACUGCAAAGCACCAUGCAAACACUGCCACCUGCUGAAAGCUUUACUUCAUUAUUUUGAAACCUGUAACUUAUUUUCUGACAGAUUCAUAAUGUUGUUCGGCUUUUAAUAAGGUUCAAAAUGUCAAUAAAGAUAUGGGAUACUUUUUUUCUUUAUAUAUAUAUAUUUUUUGAGAUUUGCUUGAUUUUUCGAUUUUUAAAUAAUGUUCGUUAAGCUGUGCAACAUGUAAAAAUGAAACAUGCAGUGUUUAACUGCAUUAGAAAUAUUAGAUGAAAAGCAUGCGUCAGGUUUUUAUUUAGGCAAACAAGUGGUCUGAAUACUGAUUGGGUGGUAAUGUGUGUACUGUGUUGUGCAAUCAUAUCCUAUCCACUUUAAAAUACUAAAUUAUAAUUAAACUGACAUGAUUAGCCACUGUUAUACUUAAGGAAAUAUUGUAUAUAAAGAACUAUCAAGGAUUUUAUAACUAAAGUCUAAGGGACAAAUUAAGGGAAAUCUUUAAUUCCAGUUUUUAAAGAAGAGAAACAUUUGUUGACUUUACAAAACUAGUGUGAAAGAUCUACGUGAUGUAAUUAAAGGUUUAUGAAGCGCUCUCCAGGUAUGUGUUUCUUAGUGUUGUACACUAGGCUAAUGUUUAAUUUUCACAAAAUAGGAGUUAAUUCAAGAAUGGAGUAAACGCUUUGAAAAUAAAGCCCUAACUAUUUAUACAACUUUGUUCACAAAAACCAAAAUUCUACCUGGUUGAUUCAAUUAAAAAAUCUAGGGCCUGUUCCAUGGCAACAUUCAAUCAAAUCCGCAGCCUUUGUGUUUCAAAAUAAAAUCUGAUCAAACAACUUCUGCCAUGUUUGUUUUCUGCCAUGUCCAACUGGGAUUGUAUGUUUAGUUAAAUAUCAGUGUAGAUGAUGGAACUGACAUUAUUUUAA